AUGCGCCCCUCGACUUAUAUUGCGCAUGGUUUGAGCAUUGCCACCCUGUUGAUGGCACUGGGAGUUUCUGCUUCUCUGGAUGAUCCUGAGAUAUUUAUCCAAACCACUUUUCCCGAGAGCAAUCCUUUUGGCCAUGUGGUAAACGGAGAGCGUAACCAGAUUUUCCUCCUGGUCGAGAACAAGUCCGACAGGAAUGUGACUUUGCAAUCGGUUGCGGGGUCGUUCCAUCAUCCUGAGACUGGAACUCUCAUCAAAAAUACGUCUUCACUGGCGUAUGGUAUCCCCUUACUCGAGGGUUCAAAACUACAAAUUCCUUACUCUUUCUACUCUGAAUUCAAGCCAGGAGACUUGAAACUCAGCAUUUGGCUAGAGCACACCGUUGAUGACGACAAAUACCGUGUGACAGCCUAUGACUCAGUGGUGACGAUUGUUGAGCCAGAGCCAUCUUGGCUAGAUUUCAAACUCCUCUCAACCUACCUCAUAGUUUUCGCCGCACUCGCGGGUGUGACAUAUACAGCAUACAAUGCAUAUGUUCCUUCACAGAAACCGAAACGUAAACGCCCAACCCAGGUUAGCGCACCUGUCGGCACAGUGACCGCGAGCGGUGCGAGCGGUUAUCAGGAAGAGUGGAUUCCUGAACACCACCUCAAGAAAACAAAGGCAAAGAAGACAAAGUCCGAUAAUGUUGCAGUCAGUGAGGGAUCAGGCAGCGAGACGAACGGCGCAGAGGGAAAGAAGACGAGGAAGGGGAAGAAGUAUUGA